AUGUAAAAUAAAAAUCAAUGGACUUUGCUGUAAAAUCCAAUUAUUUUCUAUAUUACAGCUGAUACAACAUAAUUGUCUUUAGCUGAUUUACCUCCGUAAACUCGAAAAGCUAAGCUUUAUCUAUGCCUACAAUCUGGGGGAUGCUGUAAUGAGGAAAAGAUUAAAAUAUUAAUUUAAGUUUUGUUAAAAAAUAUAUAAUUUGUCAUUUUCUAUACUUGGAGUUUUGUUACAAAAGUAGAUUUUCAUAAAAUAUCUCGUAAACCACAUUGGCAAAAUAUUUAGAAUAUAUAUACUGAAACUUGCAAUAUAAGACUUGAUGAGAGAAAAAUAAUUGAAGUAAGUAGAAGUGGCAGCUUUCCUUCUGAAAAUUUUUCACUUAUUGUAUAAGUUUAAGGAUAUAAAUGA